AUUGAAAAUCCUAUUUAUUUUAUCUUUAGAUAUGUAGCCGAUUCUGCUAUAUAAUGAGUGAAAACUUUCAAAAUUGUUGUCGAAUAUGUCUAGAUGUAGAUUCAGAGCACGUAUCCAUUCUUCAAGAUCCUAUUAUCCAUCUCCACGUGAAGUCUUGCCUUGCAAUGACUAUUUCGGCCACAGAUACGCUUCCAAAAGAAAUCUGUGGUUCCUGUGUCUCACAAUUAAGUGAAUUCUACAAUUUCCAACUGAAUGCACGCUGCUCACAAGACUGGCUGGAAUCUUCUGCUGAAGAACAGUCAAAAAAAUCGACUGAGACCAAGACACCUAUUCAGCCAUUACCAGACUCUGAAUACAACUCGGAUUCGCUCCUAGAGUUUUUAAAUAAUACUGCUAACAUAGAGGAAUACUUACACAACUUAGGGAAAGAAGAUAUACCAUCUAUAGUGAAUAUGUUGGAUAGGAAUAAUGAAAAUUCAAUGGAUGGGGUCAGUAAAAUCUUACAUGCUAAAUCAACGAAAAACACUAGUCCAAAAAAGAAAGAUAAGAUUAAAACUGGCUUAAGCAUGGAGGUAGAUGUACUAGACUCUGACAUAGAAAUAGUGCAGGAAAUUUUAAUGAAAGAAGUUCCAAAGAAAAUUGAAACAAAGAUUUUAGAAGGAAAUGUAUGCUUUGCUUGUAGAAUGAAGUUCGACACUAUUCAAAAGCUAUCCCAGCACAUAAGUAUUUGUGAUAAUGCCACAAGAACUUGUCUUGAAUGUGGUCUUCUCUGUGAUUCUAGAAGGAAAAUGCUGCAGCAUAGAAUGACCCACAAUACUUUAAUGCCACUGACAUGUGCUUGCGGAAAACGGUUCCAAAGCGAAGAGUUGCUAUCGGACCAUUUCCGAGUCUGUCAUAUUGAUUACAUGGCAUUGCUUGGUUGUAACUUUAGGUGUAAGCAAUGUGGCGAGUGUUUUAAGGAGAGGUUUCAGUUGUACCGGCAUGCGAGGGGACAUAUUAUGAAGGCUCAAGAAAGAGCUUGUGACAUUUGUGGGCACGGCUUUGUUGGGGAUGACGCACUAUCAAAGCAUAAGCUGGAAGAACAUAAUAAGAGUGAUAAAACUCUGUACAGAUGCAAAGUCUGUGGAAUGACCUCAUCAAACCGUAAAGAGAUCUAUACACACAUAUUAGGCCACACAACCAAAACGGAACCCACCCGUCACCUCUGUGAAUCCUGCGGCCGCAGCUUUAGCACUCACACAUCUUUAGCCCGACACGCUAUUCUACAUAAAAAUACUUACAGUUGCACUUUGUGUGAGGAGACGUUUACAUGUGUGCGUUUAAGGGACGAGCAUGUAUUAGAGCAUAGGGAUAUGACAAUGUGUGAGAGAUGUGGACAAAAUGUUUAUUGCUGUGAGUUGGAAAAGCAUUUAUGCUUUUGAUUAGAGAGGUAAGCC